AUGGACUUCCAGUCGAUGAUGCAGCAGGCGCGCAUGGGCGGUGGGCCCGGCGCAGGAGGAUCGCCAGGCGAUGCGCCGCAGAACGACAAUGCAGAGAUGGUGUACAUCUCGUCGCUCGCACUCAUCAAGAUGCUCAAACACGGCCGCGCCGGUGUGCCCAUGGAGGUCAUGGGUCUCAUGCUCGGCUCCUUCAUCGACGACUACACCGUGUCGGUGAUCGACGUGUUCGCCAUGCCGCAGUCCGGAACGGGUGUGUCGGUAGAGGCUGUCGAUCCCGUCUUCCAGACCAAGAUGCUCGACAUGCUCAAGCAGACCGGCCGGCCCGAGAUGGUCGUCGGCUGGUACCACUCGCAUCCCGGCUUCGGCUGCUGGCUCAGUAACGUCGACAUCAACACGCAGCAGUCGUUCGAGCAGCUCAACCCGCGAGCGGUCGCCGUGGUCGUGGACCCCAUCCAGUCCGUCAAGGGCAAGGUGGUCAUCGACGCCUUCCGCCUCAUCAACCCGUCCACGGUGAUGCUCGGCCAGGAACCGCGCCAGACGACGAGCAACAUCGGCCACCUCAACAAACCGUCCAUCCAGUCGCUCAUCCACGGCUUGAAUCGCCACUACUACUCCAUCGCCAUCGGAUACCGCAAGACCGAACUCGAACAGUCCAUGCUCAACAACCUCCACAAGCGCAACUGGACCGAAGGCCUAAGGCUGCGCGACUUUGGCGAACACAAGCACAACAACCAAAAGGCCAUCGAACGCAUGCUCUCGCUCUCCGAAGCCUACAACAAGUCCGUACAGGAAGAGUCGACGCUCACCCAGGAACAGCUCAAGACGCGACACGUGGGCAAGCAGGACCCCAAGCGCCAUCUCGAAGACGCCGUGGAAUCCACCAUGGGCGACCAGAUCGUACAGAGCCUCGGCACCAUGCUCCUCGCCGAGCUGUAG